AUGCCCACGACUCGACCGGUUUGGGACAAGGCUUUGUCUAGCUUCAUUCUGGUUUUUGAUGAUGACUGGACUGUCCGGGUGCCGGGCUCCGCCGGCUCUGAAAGCCCGUUGGCCCUGGUUCCAGCAGAGUAUGUGGGCGAUGAGUUCAUGAUAAGGGUGAUGGAGUUCCCAGGCGAGGGAAACUCGAUCUCCGUGGGUGGCUUAUUCUUCACUGGCAAGGAAUCGCCAUGCCAAGCGGGGGAUCUGGGCUUCUUGCCUCAGUCCUUUGGCAUACGCAGUCAGAGUGUGGCGAGUUCGCAGGCCGGCACAAAGGGAAGCCGGCGUGAAGGUGUAGGGUUGAGGCAGGGCGACUGCAUCAUGGUGCGAUGGACUGGCACAGGCAGCGCGGAAGUGUUUGUGAAUUCUUGUCGCAUUUGGCACGGAAGUCUCCUUGCCCCGGCACGGGCACGUCGGUUCUUUGGGGCAUCUGUUGCAGACAAUGCAGUUCUUCGGAUCGAGGCGACGCAGAAGCACUGCCGACCGCCGCUUUGUUAUGCAGAGUGCCUGCUGCGCACCCCCCUCUUCUCCGACGUCCAAAUCAUCUGCUCGGAUGGCUGCGUCCUUCACUCGCACAAAGCUUUGCUAGCAGCCAGCUCAUCUGUUUUCUGUCGAAUGUUCGAGUCUGAGAUGCUGGAGUCCAGGGAGAACUGUGUUAGGAUUCCAGCACCAAGGGAAGUAGUGUCAGGCUUUCUACAGCACAUAUACACAGGCGUGUUCGAUCCCAAUGUCGAUGCUUCUGCUCUCAUUGAACUUGCGCACAUGUAUGACCUGCAAGAUUUGGCACAAUUCUGUGGUGAAGUGCUGGUGGACAACCUGGCACCUGCAAACGUCAGCCAGUGCGCUCGCAAGAUUGGGCGCCUGCGAGGAAAUGGGCAGGACUUUGCGGGCUAUGGUGGCAGCCCUGGUGGUUCUGUUGAGUCGCACAAUGAAGAUGUCUUUGAACAGAUCUGGAGACGGCUGAGUGACCGCAUCGAGCGCGAUCCAGGGCUGGUGAGGGCACUUCUGGAGGGACAUGUUCAUGAGCGUGAGCAAUGA